UAGUUUGGUCAGUGUUUGAUCCGGACAUUUUUUUUUUCUUAGGCUACCUCAGGUGACAGUGAUACAGUAAAAGGGCUGAGAGAAGUGUUCGCCAUGUUUGAUAAGGACGGAGACGGCUCCAUCAGUGAGGCUGAGCUGGGCGCAAUGAUGAGGUCCGUGGGCAGGGACCCCACCAGCCAGGAGAUCAAGGACAUGAUCCAUGAGGUGGACAUCAACGAAAACGGGCUGAUUGAUUUCUGUGAGUUCCAGGCUAUGAUGCAGCGGGAAGACACCGAGAGUGACAAGAAAGCUGAGCUGAUGGAGGCUUUCAAGUUGUUUGACCAGGACGGGGACGGGAAGAUCUCCUUCAAUGAACUCCGUCACUUCAUUGAGCUGCUGGGGGAGAACCUCACAGAGGUCGACUACCUCGUGCUGAUGCGGGCUGCCGACAAGGACAAGGAUGGGUUCAUCAACCUCGAUGAAUUCCUCGUGAUAAUGGACUCCAUGUGAUGUAAGGAGAUCCACCGGAAACGGAACUGGACCCAGGAUUUUUGUGAUUACAAAUCCAAGAUAUUUAUUUUCCAAGAGAUAUUUAUUUUUUUCUAUAAUAAAAUUAAACAAAAAGCUUUAGGAAUAAAGAUACUUUGCAUUUUAA